GACAACAAAGUCAUGCUCCAUUGUCUCAGCUGGGGGAGAGAAUGGUUUUGAGAAUUGAAUAUUAUUUGGAAAUAUUUUAGGGCUUGUUUGUGAUUUUCUAGUGCUGUAUCUAUUCUUGCAUCUUAUUGAGAAAUAAUGGACCCCAAUGGGAACGAAGGGGCAGAUGCACCACAGCAGUGCCUGUACUGUGAUGGCUUCUAUGGGAUGUCAUUUGGCCAGUAUGUGUGCUCCACCUGCCACCUAUUCCUCUUCCCAGAGGAUGUAAACCAUGAGGCCUAUGUUGGCCUGACUUCAGAGCAGAAGUCAGACGACAGUGACAGCGGCAAUGAGGAGCCCCCGGACCUGUUCGCCGUGGCCGGUGGUGGCGGCGGCCGGCGAGCCCGCUCGCCACCGCCGCCCAUGCCGCCCCCGUCACCGCCGCCGCCGCUGCCGCCUCCUGCGCCGGCUGUGGACCGUCUGGCGGAGCGUGUGGAGCGACUGAGCGUGCCCCACCCGGCCGACGGGGCGACGACGGCCAGCAUGGGACGGCUUCCUCCAGAGGUGCUCCUGGUGAUCUUCGGCUACCUGGACGACAUCUCGAUGUGGGCGGUCAGCAACGUUUGUAAACGCUGGCGCCACCUGCUGAUGUCGCACGUGCCCGACGAGGAGUGGCACCGGUUCACUGAGAAGCGGUUCCCGCUGUUCCGCGCAUUGUACCGGGUCCACUGCUGGUCCUACAUCUACGCCAAACUAAUUGAGAGCGCGCCGUGCCUGCUCUGCCUGCACCAGAUGACUCCCCACUGCCGCACUGUCGAGGACGAGAGGUCCUUCCGACGACGGCGGCUCGUCCACGAGCAGAACGCGCUGAAGGCCGACCCGCCGGAGGGGAUCCGCGCCACUCCUCUGGAUGACACCUACAGCCACUGGCAGGCCAGUAUCACCGGUCCGGCCGGCAGCGCCUACGAGGGCGGUGUGUUCCUGCUGUACCUCCAGGUGCCCGACAGCUACCCCCUGCGACCGCCCGUGGUGCGGUUUAUCACUAAGGUGCUCCAUCCGAACGUGUCACGGCACGGUGACAUCGGCAUUGAUUCGAUACAUCACAACUGGACGCUGGCUCUCACCAUCGGAAAGGUGCUGAUCUCCAUCCAGAGCCUGCUGACGGACCCGUACUGCAAGGUGUGUAUGGAGCCGGCCGUGGGUGCGCUCUGCCAGCGCAACUGGCUCCAGUUCGUCGGUGAAGCGCGCGCCUGUACUUGGAAACACGCCAUGCACGACGCCCUGAUGCCGCCAGAUGAGGAGCUGCGAGAGCGGCUGGCCGGGGGAGGAGGGGACAGGACGGACGGGGACGGACACCGGCAGCAUCGCGAGGGGCGGCACCAUCACCACGGGGAGGAUCGGCACCACCACCACCAUCAUCACAGAGGGGAGGGGCAGCACGAGCACCACAGGGAGGAACACCGUGAGCACCACCGAGAGUCAGGGAGCCACCACAGGGAAAAUCGGCAUCAGGGAGAGCAGGGGCGCCAUCAUCGAGAGGAAGAGCCUCAUCAGAGAGAGGAAGAACUUCAACAUGGCGCGGAGGGGUCUCAGAGUACAGAGGAAGCGCCGACACAACACCUGCACACCAACAGUCCCGGGGAGCCCGCUCGACCCGGUGAGCCGGGACCUGUUGAAGUACGUCCUGGUACUUCUGGUCCUACGGUGGUGUAAUGGAGCUCGCUACAGCUGUGCAACUGAUCAGGUGGACUGUGCGGAUUUACGUUAGUGAUGAUACGUGUACAGUUUCUUGGCGUUGCUAGGUGGUUGUAAAUUGUGGAGGAGCCGCUUUUCACGCUGUUUAAGAAUGUCGUGGCUCUUGUCAUGUUCAGAGUGAACCUGUGUUGGAAAGGCUGUGGUUAUGUUCGUUGUGAAGGGCGUGAAAGCCUUGCGCGCUGCAUAGUGUGUUCUGAAAUGUGACUUGUAAGUUGUAGAUUACAUUAAUUACAAUAGUACGACAGGAUGGACUCGCUCGAACUUUGUAGCUGUGCUGGGAUCGUUUACAUUUCAGUUGACCUGACAAUACACAUGCGCUGUUGGUAGCUCACGAGAA